CUGCUCUGAAAAGCCAUCUUUGCAUUGUUCCUGUGGCUCCCUCUCCGCUCGCUGCAACCACCUCCUCCGCGCGCCUCCUCCACCGCCGCGGACUCCGGCAGCUUCUUCGCCAGAGUCCUCCAACUCUCGCUUUUUAAAAAAAAAUCCGCUGCAUAGGAUCACCAGCGUGCCCCACCAUGUCAGACACGGCCGUGGACACCAGCUCCGAGAUCACCACCAAGGACUUAAAGGAGAAGAAGGAAGUUGUGGAGGAGGCAGAGAAUGGAAGAGAUGCACCUGCAAAUGGGAACGCUAAUGAGGAAAAUGGGGAGCAGGAGGCUGACAAUGAGGUAGAUGAAGAAGAGGAAGAAGGAGGGGAGGAGGAGGAGGAGGAAGAGGAAGUCAUCGAAUGUGGAAUGUUCACGAAUGGAAGACAGAAUUCUCCAGGGCCAAAGCGAUUCUUCCCUGCCAGCUCCUCCCACCACGGCGCCCUCUACCCAGACACCGGGAACACAGCAGCUGUUCCCAUCGCCUGGCAGCCUGGGUUCACGUACGCCACGCACGCCACGCACGCCACGCACACCACGCAGACACACCUUUAA